UCAGACGCACAAUACACACCCUAUUCCACUUUCACAAUUUUGUGCGCACUUCGAAGCGAGAGGUAGUAGCUGUGAGACUCUCCGCUACUUCGUUACAGUGAGUAUUUUUCAGUCAUCCAGGAACUUGAAUCAGCAAACACCAUGGCUGUGGAAGGGGGGAUGAAGUGUGUGAAGUUCCUGGUUUUCUUUUUUAACUUCAUCUUCUGGCUCUGUGGCCUGGCGGUGAUCGUGGUGGGUAUUCUGGUUCAGCUGGAAAUGCACAAGACAAUUGUGAUGACUAACGUAUCUGGUUCGGCCACACCCAUUGUCCUCAUCGUGGUGGGGGUCAUCAUUUUCUUUAUCUCGUUCUUCGGCUGCUGCGGAGCUGCGAAGGAGAAUUACUGCAUGGUCACCAUGUUUGCCAUCCUCCUUUCACUCAUCAUCAUCAUCGAGGUUGGAAUUAUCAUUGCUGGAUAUGUGUUCAAGGGCAAACUGGGUGGGUUUGUUGAUGAAGGACUCAAAGACAUGGUCAACCAGUACAACCAAAGUGAAAAAAUCAGGGAAGCAAUGGACGAUAUGCAAAAAGAACUGAAAUGUUGUGGUAUCAACUCCACCAGCGACUGGAGGGACUUUGGUACAGAUCAAAAAUCUGUGCCUGACUCCUGCUGCAAAAACGUGUCCACGGACUGUGGGAAAGGGAGCAUGCACGACAGUGCCAAAGUGUACCAGGAGGGGUGUGAGAAGGCCGUGGUGGAUCUACUCCAGAAGAACGUGAAAUGGGUGAUUGUGGGUGCCCUGGUGAUUGCAGUUGUGCAGAUCCUGGGCAUCGUGUUCGCCUGUGUGCUAAUGAAAGGUAUCCGUAGUGGCUACGAAGUCAUGUGAUCGCUUCAUAAUAUCGCACUUUCCUGAGCCAGAAGCCUGGCAUUUGUGAAGAAAUUGUUUAUUUUUAGGCCCUCCUGUUUAGUUUUAGAUGGAAUUUUUUUUUCCUUUGUUGCUUAACUGUGUCUGAGUGUUAAGCAGUGUGGAAAGUAGAAAUGUUCUGUUAUGUAGAAAUUAAGUAGAUGCACAGAAAAGAGGGCUAUUUCAGUGACAUUUUAAAAUACUUUAUUUGCACCAGCACAAAAUCUUAAUGUUGAUAAAUUGACAUUGUCCUUCUAAAGCUGUUUUCAAAAUGUAUAUUGAAUUUAAAAAGCUGUUGUCUUUGUUUCUAGUUUCAUAAAAACAGGAUUGCUUCUUAUAAAAUACUUUCCAAGUUUCAUUAUUUUAUUAAAAAAUUCCCUCACAA